UAAUGAGUGCCAGGUGUGGGGGUCAGCGACCUCCUCCUCCCGCCCCCCAAGUGGCCCUUCUUCGCCCACGGAUCCCGGGCCAGGAGGAUGUGGGGGGGCGUCUGCUGGGUGGUGGCCGCCUGGCAGGUGGGGCUGGGGGCCGUCUGGGGACCGAGAGCAGAGCCCAGUGCAGCCAACUGGUCAGCAGGAUUGGAUCCCCCCAGCCCCAGCCCUCCGACAUGGACCACGCCACUCGCCAGGUCAACGGAUGGUGCCCCAGGAGAGCAGGAGCCCCCCGCCUGCAGGGGAGAGGAGGACUGCCCCCCUUGGAGCAGCUGCGAGGAGCAGGCCGGGCGCAACUCCUGCCACUGUGGGCUGGGCUACCACCUCAGCCCCACCCUGGGCUGUGUGCCAGUCAAGGCCUUCCCCGGCCGGCUCUCGCUGUGGGAUUUGGGAAGCCCCAACUGGUCGCUGCUGGGCAUCACCUCAGCCGAGUCGCGGCUGCCGUGGGUCACCCUCCAGAUCCAGAGCUCGUUCCAACACAUCCUGGGGCACCUCGAUGGCUACCUGGGCUCUUUUGCCCGAGACCUGAAGUGGCCCAGCUCAGAAGUGACCCUGUUUCACCAUUUCUCCACACGGGCGCCAGUCACCAGCCGGCAGGUGGCGGAGGCUGUGGCUGCGUUCCAAGCGCAGUGCCAUGAGAGCAGCAGCCACGUGGAGGGCCCUGCAUGUGCUCUCCUGCGCCAGGCGGGCCCCUACCAGAGCCUGAGUCUCUGCGACUUUGACAUCUGCGACUCCCUCUCCACCCGCUGCUCCUUCCAAGACGGCCUCGUCCGAUGCAGCUGCCGGCCCGGCCACUUCCAAGCGCACCCAGCCGACCGCACCUGCACAGAAUGCGGCAGUGGAUUUUGGCUGCAGAACGGCACCUGCACCAGGUGUCCAUUUGGGUUUGGUGGUGCUGGCUGCCAGGAACCCUUCCUGCUGGCCUUGGUGGUCGUCUCUGGCCUUGCUGGUCUCCUGCUGCUGCUCCUCAUUUUGGGGUCUCUUUCCAGUCUCACCAUUUCUGCAUCUUCCAUCUUCUCUGGUCGCUCCUCCUCCUUCUUUCCAUCUCUGGGCUAGAAGCUUCCUUGCUGCUGUUGCGGAAUACAUAAACAGUCUAUUACUUUCUUUUGGUAACAGGUAGGUAGCCAUGUUGGUCUGACAUAGUCGAAACAAAAUAAAAGGAAUAUUUCCAGCAGCACCUUCGAGACAAACUUAGUUUGGAGAAGAGAAGGUUAAGGGGUGAUAUGAUAGCCAUGUUCAAAUAUAUAAAAGGAUGUCAUAUAGAAGAGGGUGAAAGGUUGUUUUCUGCUGCUCCAGAGAAGCGGACACGGAGCAAUGGAUUAAAACUACAAGAAAGAAGAUUCCACCUCAACAUUAGGAAGAACUUCCUGACAGUAAGAGCUGUUCGGCAGUGGAAUUUGCUACCCAGGAGUGUGGUGGAGUCUUUAAGCAGAGGCUUGACAGGCAUAUGUCAAGAAUGCCUUGAUGGUGUUUCCUGCUUGGCAGGGGGUUGGACUGGAUGGCCCUUGGGGUCUCCUCCAACUCUACGAUUCUAUGAUUCUAUGGUCUCUAAGGUGCUGCUGGAAGGAAUUUUUUUAUUUUGUUUCUUUUGGUAGUUCUGCAUCUAUAAUGCCUAACAAAAAAGCCCCUGGUUUUUGGACAAAAGUUAUCUUAAACGUUAUCUUUUUCCCAACUCAUUAUGUAUAAUUUCCAAGAAAGCUAUUCCCACUCCAUUGUCUUAUGCCCUUAACUCUCCUUGUCUCUUGGAUCCCUUCAUUGGAUGCUCUUUCCCCUCAUGCAGAAGAACACAACUCUCCUCCUUGCCUGGGGGGGGGGC